AAAAUGACAUUUAGUUGACAUUACGUGGCAUUCUAUUUAUUUUAUUCCAUUAACUAAACAUAAACAUAUUUGCAAAUAAUUUAUCCAGCCACAAUGGUAGAUGAGUGCACCAAAAAAACCCUGAGUAGCAUACCUUUGCUACAAACCAGAGCCGGUCCUAGAGAUAAAGACAUAUGGGUUCAGAGGCUGAAAGAGGAGUAUAUGGCAUUAAUCAAAUAUGUCCAAAACAACAAAGAAAGUGGCUCGGAUUGGUUCCAUUUGGAAUCGAACAAAGAGGGCACCAAAUGGUUUGGCAAAUGUUGGUAUAUGCAUAACCUUUUAAAAUAUGAAUUCGAUGUGGAAUUUGAUAUACCUGUAACAUAUCCAGUGACGGCGCCAGAAAUUGCUCUGCCAGAAUUGGAUGGAAAAACAGCAAAAAUGUAUCGCGGAGGAAAAAUAUGUUUGACAGACCAUUUUAAACCUUUGUGGGCAAGAAAUGUACCUAAAUUUGGUAUAGCUCAUGCCAUGGCAUUGGGGUUGGCCCCCUGGUUGGCGGUUGAAAUUCCUGAUUUAAUAGAAAAAGGCGUUAUAAGCUACAAGGACAAGUAAUAAGAAGCCCCGGCUGGAACUCACAACCCAUAACACAGUAUCAAAUCAGGAAGUGGAAAUAAAACUGCAUUUUAUUUUGUUUUUUGUCAACCUCUUAUAGGCUUCAAUGCUUGUUUUGUUUUUUAUUCAUAGUUAAAUAGUUUCAUCCGCUGAUUGAUUUGUUUGAAGGGGGUGUUUUGGAAAUAGUAUUUGAAAAUUGUUAAAAUUAAAAAAAACAACAAAUUUUCAUUUCUUACGUUUUUUUUAAAUACUAGAAACAAUAAAGAACAAAAUUUUGUAAGCUUUAA